GCUGUGCUUAGCGCAUUGCGGUCGAACGGAAUCAAACGGAACGCGUUCUAAAGAAGGCAGGAAGGAAGGAACUUUUCCUUAGAUAUUUCGUACUGUUAAUAUAGUUACGUGUUAAUAAUUUACCAAUUGGUAAUUGUGAGUGUUUGUUAGAAUGCCCAUGAGGGGAAAACUUCACGAGGACGAUCCAUUACUACAGCAUCCACCUCAUUAUUUGCACGAGUUAGUUAAAGAGGACGAGGAACGUUUUGAGAAACUCUUCGUACGACUCGACAAAAGCGGUGAUGGAAAAAUAGACAUCGAAGAUUUGACCCUUGCCCUUAAAGAAUUCGGCCUUCACCAUCGAUAUGCGGAGAGAUUUCUUCAACAAAUCAAACCGACUAAGUCGGGUGAUAUUUUCCUCGCGGAUUUUAUGAACUAUGUUCGCGAACAUGAGAAGAAUUUGAAGCAACACUUUUCUAGUUUAGAUAAAAAUAAAGAUGGCAUCAUCGACUUGGAUGAACUGUGCAAGGCCUUUAAUGAGCUGGGAAUACCGCUUGAGAAGAUGGAGGCUACCAAUUUAUUGCAAAGGAUAAGAAUGGACCAAGAUGGAAGUCUCAAUAUUAGUUAUGAUGAGUGGAGGGAUUUUCUGCUUUUGGCACCCAGCCAUGACAUCAGGCAACUCAUCAAUUAUUGGAGACACUCCACUCUAACCUGGGAACUACCAAUGGAAGUGUGGUAUUUGGACAUUGGGGAGGAUAUGAAUGUACCUGAUGACUUCACUCCAAGUGAAAUGCAAACUGGAAUGUGGUGGAGGCACUUAGCAGCUGGAGGUGUUGCCGGAGCUGUUUCUAGGACCUGCACUGCACCGUUAGAUAGGCUAAAAGUUUUUUUACAAGUACAACAGAGUAGACAAAAAAUAGGUGAAUGUUUAAAAAAUAUGCUCCACGAAGGCGGCCUUCGGGGUUUAUGGAGAGGCAACGGAAUAAACAUUUUAAAGAUAGCGCCCGAAUCAGCAAUUAAAUUCGCCGCUUACGAACACGUAAAGAGAUUCAUCAAGGGCGACCAGAAACACAAUCUGGGUAUCUACGAGCGGUUUAUAGCCGGUGCAUUGGCCGGAGGAAUUAGUCAGACGGCCAUUUACCCGCUCGAAGUACUCAAGACACGGCUUGCAUUAAGAAAAACCGGACAAUUUAAGGGCAUCGUCGACGCCGCUUACAAAAUCUAUUCCCUCGAGGGAUUACGCAGUUUUUAUCGUGGCUACAUUCCUAACAUGCUGGGAAUCGCUCCGUAUGCCGGCAUCGAUCUCGCCGUCUAUGAAACGCUCAAGAGGAAAUAUCUCAAAACACAUUCAAGCGAGGAACAACCCAGUUUUUGGAUGUUGUUAGCUUGUGGCAGUGUUUCCAGUACUCUUGGACAGUUGUCUUCAUAUCCGUUGGCUUUAGUUAGAACGAGACUACAAGCUCAAGUGGUAACACCAACAAUGGAUAGAGCAAACAUGACAAUGACAGGUGUGUUCAGGACGAUAAUUGAAAGAGAAGGUGUAUUGGGUCUUUACAGAGGAAUAACUCCAAAUUUCAUAAAGGUGAUGCCAGCAGUGAGCAUAAGUUACGUUGUUUACGAGUACACGAGUCGGAUUCUCGGAGUAAAUAUGACGUGAUGAAGAUGCAGUCUAGGAAAAAAAAAUGUUAAUUUAUUAAAACGACUCCUCCGCUACCGUUACUGUCCAGCCUCGAAGCGUGGCAUCGAUUUCCGACACACGUAGGAUAUACAUCUCUCUCUAUCUCUCUAUUUCAUAGCUAAUACCAGUAACCACCUUAAAGAUAAUAGCAGAGUUUAUCGGAAAAGAAUCUUGCUAUAAUUUAAGCUAAACAUUAUCUUAAUAACAAAAAUUAAAUAAAAAAACGAAAAUAAUGAAGAAGUUGAAAAAAGAAGAAGCUUAUUCAAUGUUGUUGCAAAAAGAAACACUGUUCUACUACUUCUAUUUGUGAUGUUUUAGCUUAUACCUUGGAAACUUUUUAUAUAAGUAUUUAGAUUGUGUCCCCAAGUCGUGGAAUGGAUUCCACUUUUAACCAAAGAGGGCACUUUAUUCUCAAAACGGUUUUUUUUUCUUUUCAAAACUUCUUUUUUUAUUUGUACAGUCAAGUUAUAAUCUUUUUUAUAUGAUUCCAUGCGGUCGUUUUCUAUGAAGCACGAGUUAUUAAGAUUUUUCCAUCUUUAAAAGUUACAAAGUUCGAAAACGUUUUAUUCGGUGUUGUGAAUCUAGAUUUUAGGAGUUAUAUUCGAGGAAUACUCUCGCCUUGAACGUUGCUUCAUGGAAGGCUCGAUUAAGAAUAAAAUGAUGUGAUGUACUUAAUAUUUUAUUAAACUUGUAUUUAUUAUAUUAUUGACUGUAUUUAUACAAGUGAUCAAAUAAAAUCCUAUUUAAUUUAACAGUC